AAAAGUAUCAUUACUUGCAACGCAAAGUUUUAGCUGACACAGAUUACUUGCCUUCUCUCUAAUAUUCUCUCAUUGCUCUUCAAAAAAUUAUUUUCAAUCUCAAAUUUCUUGUUCUAAAAGAAACGAAUUCUUUUUGUUUUCGAAAAAGUUCAAAGUGUGCUGUUAAUUAACAAAGUGUUAAUUUUCUUCGAUAAAAUUUUAAUAAAGUUUUUAUAAAGUUUUUAUAAAGUUUUUAUAAACUUUUGAUAAAAUUUUGAUUAUUGAUCAAAAAUUUUUUUUUUGAAUAUUUUACACAAGUGACUUUUUGAGAAAUUUGAAAAAAAGAAUCGAGGAAAAAAUGGCCUUCAACAACAGUGAUUUGGGAUUCAGUUCAUUCUCAUCUUCAUCGAAUGAUGAAAAUGUCCUCUGCAAUUUUGAAGUGGCUGCAGUUCUGCCGCCCACUCCACCUCAUGAUUAUCAGGAAUUUGGAAAUUCAAGAUUCGUGCCGGUGAUUAAUUAUUGUCCGGUCAAUCAACGGGCGAUGGCGAAUUUUUCUCCUCAAUCGAUUACGAAUCAUCGUCAAACGAACUCUAAAGAAUCGAAAAUCGAGCCAAGGAAGAAACGUCCAAGGACCGCAUUCACGAGCGAACAACUCAUUCAAUUGGAGAGGGAAUUUGCCAAUUCUCAUUACAUUCAUCGCACUCAUCGGAUUGAAUUGGCCCGUCAUUUGGAUUUGUCCGAGCGUCAAAUUAAAAUUUGGUUCCAAAAUCGUCGCAUGAAGUUGAAGAAGGAGAGCAAAACGACCGUCACCAUUGUUACCGAAAAAAAACAAUGCGCCGUCGUCAAUCCAAAAAUUGAGAAUAUAAAGCACACGCCAAAUAUUCAGGUGGCAAGAUCUGAAUUCGCAAAUAUCAGCAAUCAAUUGAUGGAAUCAACGUGGCAGAAUCAUCAUCAACAACAACAACAACAACAACAUCAUCAUCUUCAUCAUCAUCAAACUGCCAGCGAGAGAACAACAAUGCCCGCCGUUGUCAUUCCACAGCAAGUAUUUAAUUAUAAUUAUUUGAGCGAAAAUAAUUAUCAAAUUCCUCAACACGAUUAUUUUGAAGUACCAUCAGAAGUAAUGUCCAGCUGUCGCUAUCAACAACCACAGGUCUGUCAAAAUAAUCAAAAUCAAUUUAUGUCUUUUGCAUCAAUUCCUUAUGAUGAUCAUACAUUUGCAUACGAUUUGGGAAAAUUUAAUGAAUUUCAAAAUGAAAACUGUGGCAAUUUUACCGAACUUUAAAUAUUGAAAUUUUCCAUCAACAGACAUUUGUGAGGAAGUUUGUUAAUUUUUUUUUCGUUUUUUUUGUCUCUAGUCAACAUAGCUGUUUUAAAAAUUAUUACUAUCACAUUUUAUUUAUUUUUUACCCUGAAAAAACCCAAAAUUUCUUUUUAAAUCUGCAACUUGUGAAAAAUAAUUAGUAUUUCUAAAUUCUUGGUUCUAAGACCUUCUUGUAAAUAUUGUAAUUAAAAAUUCAAAAAUUUUAGGGUACUUGUAUUUUACAUUGUAAAAAUUGUAUAAUUAAUACUUAUUUGAAUAUUAAAAUAUUUUGUGUAG